AUGAGAGCAGAAAGAACAAACGGAGCGGUGCCCCAGCCCCAGCACGGCGGGAGCUCAGUAGGAGAAGGUGGGACAGAGACAGCCGAGCCUGCAGAAACCCAGCCCGCCCCACUGCCCCGUCGCGGCGCAGGGCCGAAAGGACGAAGGGCAGCGGGCGGAGCCCCGCCGCGCCCCGAGCCGACCGCUGACAGCCGGCACCGCGCUCAGCCCCGCCGCCCGGAACAGCCGCCGCUCUCCAGCGCCCGCCCCGCGGAGCCCGGAGCGCAGGGCACGGCAGCCCCGGCCACCCGGUUGCGCCCCGGCAGCGCCAACUUUCCCCGCGACCGGCUCCCGCCCAGCCCGGUACCUGCCUCGCAGCCACUCCCCCGCCCCCGGGGGCGCGGAAGGCCGUUGCGGCCGCCGCCACGACGAACACCGAAGCGAGCAGGUGCGGAGCGCGGCACCGCCGGGACCGCCGCCGCCGGCUCCUGCGCUUUGGGCUGGGCGGGGCGGGGCGGGGCGGGGCGCGGCGGGGAGCGAGGACGCCCGCCCGCCCGCCCGCUGCCGCCUCCUAGCGGGGAGCGGCGACAGCUCCGGUCGGGCCCCUAUCCUCAUCGGCUGCACUCGGAGAGCUUCGGCUCUUUUCGCAGUUUCCGGGAGAGGCGCGGCCGAUGUCCCGCGGCCGAGCGAGGUGCGAUACCGCCGGACGGGACUGGAGCCGAACCAAUCUGUGGGGCAGCGGUCGCUCCCACAGCUGUACCCCAGAGUCUCAGUGCUUGCUGCCCACGGGGAGACCACAUUGGCUGCCCCGCUAGUCAAGGAUCUGACUAA